AUGAGAACAGAACCGAUUAAAAUUCCAGAUAGGAAAUCAAGAUCCAAAAAGACUCAGAGUAACACUAAGAAGAUACAUUCUAAAAAGCCAAAUCAUUUAUCUGUGGAUCCUAAUUCAUUGGAUGAAAACAGAAAGCUGAAAAUGAAGAAUAGUAAAUCAUUUUGGAUUGAUUGUCAACAAAGCAGUGCUGAUGAUAUACAUACACUGCAGAAAUAUUUUGGAAUUCACUCCUUGACCUCAGAAGAUAUGAUUAACAAUGAUAGUGGUGAAAAGUGGGAAGUUUUCGAUAAUUACAUGUUUAUGAUUUUUACAGGUCAAAUUGCUGAUAAGGUAGCAAGUAAUGAUUAUUUACCAUGUCACUUGAAUGUACUGAUAUUUGAAAAUUGUAUCAUUACGAUCCGUGCUGAAUCAACACCAAGAAGGAAUGACAGUGCUGAUGUUGUUCGUAAAAGAAAAAGUACAACCAUUCCAAGCCCUUCAUGGGUUUUCUAUGCCUACUUAGAUGCCAUCAUUGACGUCUAUAUUCCAAAGGUUGACAGUUUAACGAGAGAAUGUGAUACUUUGGACGAAUUUACUGUUUCACUAAAUACUACUGAGAAGGAAGAUUUAUUGUGGAGAAUUGCUCUCAAUAAGAGAAGAACUAUUGUGUUGAGAAAAUUACUUUUACCCAAGCAAAAGAUGAUAACCUAUUUGGUAUCGAGCAGAGUUCCUCUUCCAUUUAUUGAUAAGGAAAUUCAAUUAUAUUUGAGAGAUGUGUUGGAUCACUUGACCUAUUGUUGUGAUAGAUUGGAUAUUGCCAGAGAUUCACUUCAUCAAUCCCAUACUAAUUAUUUAACAAGAGUUCAAAUUGAAAUUGCCCAAAAUGCACAAAAAACUGAUGCCUUUAUGAAUCGUUUAACAGUUUUUGCCUCCAUUUUCGGUCCAUUGUCAGUCUUGUCAGGCAUUUGGGGGAUGAAUGUCAAAGUCCCAGGUCAGGACAUUGAUUCGUUGUACUGGUUUUUUGGUAUAUGUGCAUUCAUGGUUAUUUUAUCAUUAACCCUUGUAAUGCUAUUGAGAAAACAAUUAGUUUCCAUGUAA